AAUAGUCAUGAAUGACAUGAGGAUGAGUAAAUGAUGACAGUCUUUUCAUUUUUGGGUGGACUCGUCCUUUAAAAGGUGCGCUUAUCCAGGGACUUUCCUGCUGAUUCAUAGUUUAUAGAUCACACAUCUAGAGAAAAGAAAAAAAAAAAAAAUAUCUGAAUGAUUUUUCUGUAUAGGUUCACAAGAACGUAUUACAUUCUUAAUAUGAAUAUGUCAUUCCAUUAGGUACUCAAUUUAAAAUAAAUUCUAUGACAAAUCUUUAUGGAACAAACACAAAAAAUCUUUAAAUUGCGUUAUGUUAGUAAUUCAAAUAUUUUAAACUAAUGUAGUAUAUUUGUAGCCUAUAUUGAGAAAGAAUUUUAUUUUGUAGUAUACUAUGGCAUGGAGGUCACAUUCAAAGGGUUGGCUGCAAUAGGAUGACUGUAACAGAAAUAUGCACACAGUUUCAAGUCUUGGACUGUUAUCUUUACAACAAGUUGGAUGGAUCAGCCCAUGAUGCCUUUUGUCUCCAGAAAAGUACAACAUACGACCAACCAAAGGAGUGUUUGUGUGGAGGAGGCUAUGAGGGGAAUUGUAAUGAGUUUAAAGGGUAAUUGUUUUUGCAUUUGUAGAUUGUGGGGACAAGUUCAAGUUAGCAAUUAAUUAUUCAUUCUAAGAGGGUGUACAUAAAAUUAAAGUUGUCAAAUAUCAUACAUGAACACUCAUAUAGUGGUUAUGCAAACUCAUGAAAUGUUAUACACUCUUUAUUUUGUGCAAUUAUAGGUUUUUUGAUUCUUAAUUAUUGACAUAAUAUUUUUGGCUGGUUCUUGAUUUGUUUUCUCUGAUUGGCUGAUCCUGCAUCUUCUGUUUCUGUGCUCUCAUGUCAAUUAAGGAUGCAAAGUAAAAGUACAUUUGCUUCAUGGUUUCUUAGCAUGUUCAGAUUUCACCAUAAAAGUAAUUAUGUUUUGGAGUAUUCCAAGCAUUUCCCCUUUGCUCAGGGAUCGAAGUGAAGCAGUUAAUGUAUAACAGUGUCCUCUUGAUGUUCAACCCCAUAACUCUCCAAACAUAUCUUGAAAAUUGUUUCUUGACCAAUAAGCUGGCCUUGGGCCACUCCCUGCUUUCCAUAUAAGAGUUUGAGGGCACGUCUGUCAUCCCACCACUCUUGAGUAUUCAACCCCUUAACUUUCCGUUCUCUCCAACUCUGACUGCAGAGAUGCUGAACACGAAGAAAACCGUGAGGUCAUUCAGCAGUCACUCCUCAGUAGGUGUGAGCAGGAACAGGAGGACACCCCUCACCCGUUCAGGGAUGGUUUCGAGGGAAGGUUGGGGCUCCAGUCCAGAUGUCUGCCCUCCAAUUACAGCUGUAAAGGUCAAUGAAAGUCUUCUGGCACCUCUGAACCUAGAGAUUGACCCGAACAUCCAGGCCAUUAAGACUCAGGAGAAAGAGCAAAUCAAGACGCUCAACAACCGCUUUGCUUCGUUCAUUGACAAAGUGCGCUUCCUAGAACAGCAGAACAAGAUGCUGGAGACAAAAUGGAGUCUCUUGCAGGAACAGACCAGCCGCCAAUCCAGCAUUGAUAUUAUGUUUGAGACCUACAUUGCUAACCUACGCAGACAGCUGGAUGGUUUAGGGAACGAGAAGCUGCGUCUGGAUUCUGGCCUGCGGGACAUGAGCAGCCUGGUAGAAGACUUCAAAAGCAAGUAUGAAGAUGAAAUCAACAAACGGAAUGAUUCUGACAAUGAAUUUGUGCUGCUUAAAAAGGACGCCGAUGAUGCAUACCUGAGUAAAGUGGAGCUGGAAAGUAAACUAGAUGGCCUAACAGAUGAGAUCAACUUCCUUUGGCAGAUUUACGAGGCGGAAUUGCGUGAGCUCCAGACUCAGAUCAAGGACACGUCAGUUGUUAUAGAGAUGGACAACAGCAGAAAUCUGGACAUGGACGCCAUUGUGGCUGAAGUUCGUGCUCAGUAUGAGGACAUUGCCAACCGCACCCGUGCUGAAGCAGAGAGCUGGUACCAACAGAAGUAUGAAGAAAUGCAGUUGACAGCAACCAAACAUGGGGAUAACCUGAAAAGCACAAAGGCUGAAAUCGCAGAGUACAACCGAAGAAUUGCACGUAUACACUCUGACAUGGAACUUAUUAAGGGACAGCAUUCAAACCAUGAGGUGCAGAUCAAAGAGGCAGAAGAACGUGGUGAACUAGCUGUGAAAGAUGCAAAACUCCGUCUGCAGGAGCUGGAAGCAGCUCUUCUGAGAGCUAAACAAGACAUGGCUCGACAAGUGCGCGAAUACCAAUCGUUGAUGAACAUCAAACUGGCUCUGGACAUUGAGAUCGCCACCUAUCGGAAACUCCUGGAAGGAGAAGAGAGCAGAUUAUAUAGUUCAUUCCAGACUUUCUCCAUCUCUAAACCAACCUCGUUGAACUAUGACCUUGAAAGCAGCCACCUCUCCUCCCAAAGUGCUGGGAAAGACGUUCAUAACACAGGCCUGGUUAAGAAGGACGUCAUGAUUGCUAAGGGUGAUAGCGCUAGCAGCAUCACCAGCAGCAUUGCCACCAUUACCAAAAGCACAAAGACCACCAUCAUCACCAGUGAGACAGGGAACAAACUUGCAGCUACAGAGGGAAGUGUGCAAGUGAUGGAUAAAUCUGCAGGCAAACUAGAGGAGGAUGUUUUUGAAUGACAAAAGAACAGAUGAAAGGAUUGUCUUGUGUACAGGGCCCAGGAUCAGGUUUUUAUAGGUGGGCCUCCACCACCUUCCCUCAACUCCAUUAGCAUGUUGAGUUUAGUAUCUGUGGCUAAGGUGUGGCAGAUCAAAAUGAAUUACAGUUAUACAGUAUAUCAUAUUCAAUAUGUAGUAAAUUUACAUGGCCCUACGACAAACUCAUAUAAUUUCUAUUUUGUUCCCUAUAACUAAAAAUGACAAUGUCUGUCACUGUGAGCACAGUCAAAAAGUAGGAGAAACAUCCUUUGUGCACGUUCCUGAUUACUAUUAAGGCCUAUAUUCAAAUAAAGUGAAUGCAUCAAAAAAUAAAUGAAUACAUUUUCAA